UCAUGCGCCCGCGGGCGGCGAGAGCCGUUAUGUACAGGGCGGUGCGUGGGCGCUUUGGGAAGGCGCGGGGCGGGGUGUUGUUGUGGGUGUCGUCGGAAUGGGAUGUGGGAAUGGCGUUGGAACAGGACGCAAGGGGCGCCACAGGUGCAGAGGCAGACGGUGGAGGCGUGGAGCGACGUUGGGAUGGCCGCUUGGGCUCUCGUCGGCGGUAUGCACACUGCGCUUUGGCCACGGCAGAGGCUUUUGGCCUGCAAGUGAAGGGCCUAGCCGAACGCGUGUAGCACUGUCACCCUGGGCUCCCCGCCUUCUGGGCGCGCGCUCAUCGACUGGGUUGCUCCACCGCUCUCCGCGCCGCUGGCUCGGUGGGGGGCCGCUUUCAGGCCUGCGAGUCGCCCACGGCAGCGGCCAGACACGCCCGCCUGCCAGCGCGCGUGCAGCGUUCGCAGCAACCCCCUUUCACCCGCCCGACAAAGCAGCGCGCGCAGCCCCGGCGCAGGCCAAACGGCCGGCUUCAUGGCUACGCCCGGCUGAUCGGCGCACCGUGCAGCAGAGGCCCAACAGAACAAAGCCUGGGCCCGCGCAUCUGCCAGGUUCUGCACGACCUUCUUUGCAGGGCUGCGGGCGCUAGAAAAUUUCAAGGACCGCCGCCGCGCAGCAGCGCCUCUCCCACGCUCUGAGCAGCCUCGAUAGCGCGCUCUGUCGCCACGGAAUGCGCUAGACAAACAUGCAGC